AUGAUCGAUCACGUCCUCGGUAGGCCCUCGGUCAAGUUCCGCAAGAUCCAAGUCUUCGCUGUAGUAUCAUUCUGGUCAUUUUACUUGUACAGAGGCGACCGCCACGGCCCACCCCUCCUCCGCCGCCUCUCCACCCUGCUCUCCAAGCGCCUCACCGUCUGGCAGACCACUGUCAUCCUCCUCCUCUGGCUCUACGUCGCGCGCAACUUCGGCAAGCUCGUCGGCCUCGAGUGCCCCGAACCGCUCGCGAACCUCUACAGCCGCUCAUACUUCCGCGCCACAUGGGUCACCACUGCGCUGGACGCGGGCUUCUGGUCUGCGAUGCGCAUAAAGCAGAAGUGGCUACGGGAUGUCUGUUCGCUGGCUUUCACAGUCUACUACCUGAUCUGCGCGGAGCAGGCGGACGAGAAGGUGCGGAAAGUUAGGGGCACGUUGACGGUGGAUCAUCUGCGCGUCAGCUGGGAUAAGGGCACCACGCCAUACUUGGCUUUGUUUACGAAUUUGAUGCGCCCGAGGCUGAUGAGGUACCCACCGAGAGCGAUCAGGAUACCGAGGCCGCAGGAAUCGCCGUACAAGGAGUCGGUGCUGGCUUGGUUGUACUUCGAUGGACCGUUGUCGGCGCUCAAGAAGCACAACAAGCUCAUUUUGGACAUCCCUGGCGGCGGCUUCGUAGCUAUGGAUCCUCGAAAUCACGACGACAAACUACUCGCCUGGGCCGGCCGGACCGGUCUUCCGGUGCUGAGUUUGGACUACAAGAAAGCUCCGGAGCACCCCUAUCCUUACGCGCUCAACGAGUGCUACGAUGUCUACCAUACCAUCGUCGCUAGCCGUGGCCGAUGCGUCGGUCUUUCUGGCGAUACUGUGCCAAAGAUCGUGGUAGCCGGCGACAGUGCCGGCGGUAAUCUGGCGGUCGGCAUGACUCUCAUGAUCCUCCAGUCCGGCAGCACCGAUACGCGACGCUGGCAGGGCGAACAGGCCCUCCCGCCUCCAGACGGUUUGGUUCUGAUCUAUCCCGCAUUGGAUAUGAACAUUGGGAACUGGAUGACAGACGAGCAGAUGGCUCUGAUCCGGGACCGGCGCAUGCGCAAGACGAACAAGAGCAUCCUCCGCCGCAAGAGCGAUGAUUACAGGAAGCUCACGCCCACCACACCCCAUCACUCCGACGAGGAAGAGGACGAGGCCAACUCAUCACCUCCGCUAAAGCCACGCCGCGACCGCUCACCUCCCACAAUGGCCGACGCGACCCUCCAGUCACCUCAAACCGCAAUCCACCUCUCCGCCGCGCACACGAACAGAGACCACACCACCCUCCCCACGCCAUCCGCGAAGCCCACAACCCUAAAGACGCGCCUCGCAAUGAGCUCCAUGAUAUCCUACUUCAACGACCGCAUCCUAACCCCCGAGAUGAUGCGCGCGAUGAUCAUCCUCUACAUCGGCCCGCACAACCGACCAGACUUCAGCACCGACUUCCUGCUCAGCCCACUCCUCGCGCCCGAGAGCCUCCUCGCCAAGAUGCCGAAAGUGUACUUCCUGACCGGCGAGCGCGACCCGCUCGUCGACGACACGGUCAUCUUCGCCGGCCGCAUCCGGCAGGCCAAAGCGGCGGAGUUUGUGUCCCGCAAGGAGAUGGGGCUGGAGCCCGAGCGCAGAGAGUUUGUCGAGGCGGACCAUGUCGAGGUGGUGCUGGUGCCAGGCAUCUCGCAUGGGUUUUUGCAGUUCGUGAGUGUGUUCCCGGAGGGCUGGAAGUACAUCUUUCGCUGUGCGCGGUGGAUGAGGGAGAUUUUCGAGCGCGCGGAUCGGGAGGAGAAUGAGGCGGCGUUGGCGGAGCGGACUGACUACUUCAUGAACGGGGAGGUGAAGAGGAGACAUCAUCGUCGUAUGGGCACGGCGUCCUCGGUUGAUGAGGAUUAUCCGCUGGAAAUGAGUUUGAGUUCGUCGCGGGGCGGAAGGAGGAAUAAGGCUUCGGAUAACGGCGGGACGGCGGCGGCGGCGAGGUCGAUCAGGAGUAGAAGAGGUUCUAGGUCGAGGCUUGGAAAUGGUCGAAGGAAGAGUCUGGUCAGUCUCGCGAGUGAGGAUGACCUCCUCGGACGGCGGAUGAAGGGGUUAACGGGUAGUCUGAUGGGUGUGGAGGGCGGAUACGACCGGAUACCGCCUACGCCAGGAGCAUAG